AAGCGCUACUACGAGGGCCCCUUCGAGGCCGCGAUGACGCGGCGCGAGGCGGCGCUCAUCCUCGGCGUCCGCGAGAGCGCGACGGCGCAGCGCAUCAAGGACGCGCACCGGCGAAUUUUGCGCAUCAACCACCCGGACAUGGGCGGCUCCGCCUUCCUGAGCGCCAAGGUCAACGAGGCCAAGGAGCUCCUCAUC